GCAUGGCGGUCGGGUUCCAAACUCGAUUCUUGCACCGAGCGAACGGCGAUGGGCAACACUGAGUCUCAAGCAGCACCAUCUCGCGGCAAAGCGCCGUCGUCUCGUGUCCGCACCCUCGUGGCGUACACGGCACGUCAGCCGAGGAAGCAACCUGCCUCGCCCUCGGCGGUAGUGGAACUCCCAAGCGUGUUCACACCACAGGGAUUCCAGGUGCGCCGGGUCGAAAAGCUCUCGUUGGACGAAGAUCGACACCCCAUGCACUAUAAUCAUCAUUGCUCCCUCUCGCCAACAUGCUCCGUGACGUCAAAUGAAUCCGCACCAGCCUCACCUGUGCAAUCCGUUCGUGUCAGCGACUUUGAAAAGCUUAAGGUGAUCGGAACAGGCUCGAUGGGGCGAGUCCUCUUGGUGCGGAAAAAGAGAAGUCAUCAACUCUUUGCGAUGAAGGUGGUGUCGAAAGAAAUGGCGAAUGUCGACCAGAUUUGGUCCGAGCGCGAUGUCUUGGGUGGCACUGCGCACCCUGGACUCGUCCAUCUCCACUGGGCAUUCCAAAAUCCUUCGAACCUCUUUCUCGUCAUGGAGUACUGCCCAGGAGGCGAACUCUCAACGCAUAUUCAGAAAAGUUCUCGCGGAUGCUUCACCGAAGCGACAGCGCGCUUCUACAUCGCUCAACUGGUGUUGGCUUUGGAACAUUUGCAUCGGCAUGGCAUCGUGUAUCGCGACCUCAAACCGGAGAACGUGCUCCUCACGGCGGAUGGUCAUGCAAAACUGGUGGACUUUGGCUUGGCCAAGUUUGGGAUUCUCGAGCCCACUUAUGGCACCAAGACAAUGUGCGGCAGCUUCGAGUACCUCGCUCCAGAAGUUUGGGACGGCAAGGAGUACGGCACUGCUGUCGACUGGUGGUCGCUCGGCAUUGUGUUGUUCGAAAUGCUGACAGGCCUACCACCAUGGUACAACUCCAAUGCGUCGUUCACGUCCCCCGUCGCUUACGUCAAAGCGCGCUCGACUCCUCUCGAUAUCCCGAGUUACGUGUCCGUGGACGCAACCCACCUCAUUCAGUCACUCUUGAUCCCUCUUCCGAGCGCGCGACUCGGGUCCCAACGUGGCAGUGCGGAAGUGAAGGAGCAUCCAUUUUUCCACGAGUGCAACUGGUCGGCCAUGGCACACGGCUCCAUCCCGCCACCGAUUUCUCCGUGCGAGUCGGAAGACACCAUCCUGAAUGCGACGAACUUCGACGACGAGUUCACGCGCAUGUCGCUGGGACAUCGCCUGAGCAUGGAAGAUUACAGCGAUGCCGUCGACGGGUCGUGCGAUGAUGUGUUCGUCGGGUUCAAUUUUGAAGCCCCCAUGUCGACUGGCGCGUGCGCAUGACGGCGCCCAUCGUGAUUGAAAUGCAGUCCUAUUUAAUUCAGCUUUUUCCACGUUUGUGAA